AUUGUAGAAUCGUUGACUUACAUGAAGCUUAUAAAACGAGAGAACAAAGCCUUUUGAAUCAUGCAGAUUACACAUCAUAAUAAGAGACAGAGAGAAAGAGAGAAGAUCGAUCAAUGGAGAAAAAGGUUUUAUACGGUUUAGUAGUAAUGCUAACGUACUUGGUGGGAAGUGGCUUUAGUCAAGUGAAAAAUGAAGAAGCUGAGUGGGAACUACUUCUCACGGAGGCCCAGCAACCCAUAAUUGCUACGGUAACGUCCUCGUUGUGCGGUGUUCCCUGCGCUUUAUUGGAGGAGCAAGUGUACCAACUGACCAAAACCUACGGUGACCAGAUUAUAUUCUAUAAAGCCGACAUAAUAGAGAAACCAUUCUUUGCAAAACUCUACAAGGUACUCCGUGUCCCGACCCUCAUAGUCUUCAAAGGUGGCAAAGAAAUAAAACGUCUAGAAAAAGGUUUCUAUUGGGGUGCAGUAUAUGACCUAAUAAUAACUGAUCCAAACAUACUCUCUUCCUCCGAUUCCUCUACUCCACUAUUCGACGCGCUUCAAAACGCUACAUCCAAUUCAAAUACACUCUCUCCCUCCGAUUCCGCACCAUGCAAUUGUUCACUAUUUGAAGCGAUUCAAAACGCUACAUCAUCAUCUUGGGAAGAAACUGUGGUCGAGGCUCAACUUCCCAUAGUGCUUACGCUCACGUCUCCCUUGUGCGGUGAUCCCUGCGUUAACCUGAUGAGUCAAGUGGCUCGUUUGGCCGAGGCCUACGGUAACCGAACUAUAUUCUUCUAUACAGCCGACAUUUUGGAGGAGCCGUUCUUCGCACGACUUUACAAAGUAGUCAUUGCUCCGGCCGUCAUAGUCAUCAAAGACGGAGAAGUAGUAUUUCGUUAUGAAAGACUUUCUAAUUGGGGUAAUAUAUAUGACUUACUAUUUGAGUCAGUUAUAUUCGAUCCCGCUUUGUCCCCCUCCGAUUCCCCUUCUCCCAGCCCUUCUCCCUUCUAGAGAGUAAACUAUAGAGUCUUUUCUUGAAUCAGUAACGUCUCUUUAUAUGUAUUUGCGUCUAAUUAAUUAUUGUGUGUAUGUUGCUUCCUCUUUUAAACAUUUGCCUAUGUUAUAUAAAAGUUAAUAAAAUUGGUA